AAGCAUGAUGGGUGCUCGGGAUGCCGGAGCCGAGGGGAGGAACUCCGAGCGCUUGCCUUCAUCGCUUGUGGUCACGGCGAUAGAGAAGCGAAGAUGCGUCUUCUCUUCCGUCCGGUAACGCAACCCUCAAGCUCCUUUAUCUUCUCCCGAAGCCACAAACUCCUCCAUUCCCGGCUUUCCGGAGAGGACUUCCAGGGUUCCCGAUGGUCCACCGCGGAGGAGCCAGUCAAAGUACAAAGCAAAGCUCCUCCAACCGGGGACCGCUACACCGCGGCGGUAUGGGUGCGCUGAGGAAAGGGCGUCACUUUACCACGGCUGGUCUCCUACUUCUUAUUUGUUGCGCAUCUGUCGCCUCCAAAGGUGCAACAGGGGACGCUCACCCGGGAGCCCAACCCCCAGUGCAGGGCACCCUGCCACACUUCAUCCAGGAGCCAGAGGACGCCUACAUCGUCAAGAGCAAUCCCAUUAAACUGCGCUGUCGAGCCACACCAGCCUUGCAGAUCUUCUUUAAAUGCAACGGAGAAUGGGUUCACCAGAAUGAGCACUUUUCCCACGAGUAUAAAGACAUCACCACUGGACUGAAGGUACGAGAGGUGAUGAUCAACGUGUCCCGUCAGCAGGUAGAGGAUUUCCACGGCCCAGAGGACUAUUGGUGCCUUUGUGUGGCUUGGAGUCACCUGGGUACGUCCAAGAGUCGCAAGGCUACUGUUCGCAUCGCAUACCUGAGAAAAAACUUUGAGCAGGACCCCCAGGGGAAGGAAGUGCCAAUCAAUGGGAUGAUCGUUCUGCAUUGUCGCCCUCCAGAGGGAGUGCCUGUGGCGGAGGUGGAAUGGCUGAAGAAUGAAGAGCUUGUGAGUUCCUCAACUGACGACAACAUCGACACCAGGGCAGACCACAACCUCAUCAUAAAUGAGGCUCGUCUCUCCGACUCGGGCAACUACACCUGCCUGGCGAGCAACAUCGUGGCCAAGAGACGCAGUGGAAGCGCCACCGUGAUGGUCUUCGUUGAUGGCGGCUGGUCCCUGUGGACAGAGUGGUCACCCUGCAAUGUGCCAUGUGGGCGAGGUGUACAGAAGAGAUCUCGGACCUGUACUAACCCGGCACCGCUGAACGGUGGCGCUUUCUGCGAGGGCAUGUCUGUACAGAAGAUAUCCUGCAGCUCACCCUGUCCAAUUGAUGGAGGCUGGGAUGAGUGGAGCCAAUGGACUGUAUGUGGGACGCAGUGCGAGAGACAGCGUAAACGGGGGUGCAACUCUCCGGCGCCCAAACACAGAGGCAAGAUGUGCGAAGGAAGCGCAGAGUCCACUGAGAACUGUUCAGAUGGACAGUGUACGCAGGAUCAAAAGCUGCUAGAUGACGUUAAACCUCAAAGUAUGGACGACGGUACCAAUGACAUAGCUUUAUACUCAGGUUUGGGAGCCGGCAUUGUUACCGUGGCUAUCCUGGUAGUGGCUAUCAUGCUGUACAGGAAAAAUCAAAGCGAAUACGGCGUGGACGUCAUUGAUUCCUCUGCACUCGCCGGGGGAUUCCAAUCUUUCAACUUCAAGGCUGCCAGUCAAGGCAACCCCCUGCUGCUCAACUCAUCAAUACCACCCGAUUUAACGAUGGGCCGCACCUACAGCACUCCCCUGUGCUUCCAGGAUGCUGCAGACAAAGAGCUAUUCGACCCCUUGCCAGACAUCAAGGUCAAAGUGCAAAGCUCAUUUAUGGUCUCACUUGGCGUGGCGGAGCGGGCGGAGUUCCAUGCCAAAGCCCCCGUUGAGACUCUCCCACACGACCUGAGCCGGGCUUACUGCAGCUCAAUGGACAGAUGCAAGCCAGGUCUGCUCACCUUCAAUGGACCUUUGAGAACCUGUAAAGAGCAACUGAGGACCACUGGUGUUUUUGGUUACCCUGGAGGACGGCUGGUGGUACCCAAUACUGGAGUCAGCCUUCUGGUGCCGCAUGGAGCUGUGGCUGAAAAUAUGUCCUGGGAGAUGUACAUGGUGAUCAGUCCAGGAGAGGCAAGUGUCAAUACACUGCAAGGCUAUGAAAUCCUCCUGAGCCCAGAGGUGACGUACGGUCCUCCCGGUCGGGACCUAUCCUGUCCAGUGGUCAUGACCAUGGCUCACUGCGCUGAGGUGGACUCUGAGAAUUGGAACAUCCAGCUCAAGAGGAGGACCCGGGACAGUAAAUGGGAGGAGGUGAUGUUGGUGGAGGACGAGUCCACGUCGUGUUACUGCCUAAUGGACUCAACCAGCUGCCACCUGCUGCUUGACCAGCCUGGUUCAUACACCCUGGUGGGAGAGCCCCUGACACAGGCCGCCAUCAAGAGACUGAAGCUGGCUGUGUUUGGGAACAUGGAGGCCACUUCCAUGAACUACAGCCUGCGGGUGUACUGUGUGGAUGAUACACCACUUGCUUUUCAGGGAGUCGUGGCCACAGAGAAGAGCAGAGGGGGUCAGCUCCUCGAAGAGCCAAAGAUGUUGCCUUUCCGAGCAAACACCUUCAGCCUCCAGGUGUCCAUCCAGGAUGUUCCUCAGUUCCUGUGGAGCAUCAAACCCUUUACCACUUGUCAGGAAUUCUCCUUCCCCCAAGUGUGGUGCAGCAACCAGCAGCCCCUGCACUGUGCCUUCUCUCUGGAGAGAUACAGCCCCGCCACCACCCAGCUCUCCUGCAAAAUCAGCGUGAGCCAGGUCAAAGGGCAUGAUCAAAUUCUGCAGGUUUACACAGCUGUUUGUGAGACUCAAAAGGAGUUGGUUCCAAUUUUCAUGCAGACAGACUGCACCAUCACAACCCAGACAGGACCCAAGGCCUUCAAAGUCCCAUCAUCCAUCCGCCAGAGGAUUUGUGCCACCUUUGACACUGCCAAUGCCACAGGCAAGGACUGGCAACUAUUAGCCCAUAAGCUCCACUUGGAUCGAAACCUGGGUUAUUUUGCAAAGCAGCCGAGUCCAUCAGCGGUCAUCCUGAGCCUGUGGGAAGCUCGCCACCAGAACGCGGCUGACCUUGACUCUCUUGCCAGUGCCCUCGAGGAAAUUGGCAAGAUCCAUUCCAAAAGUUCCCCCAAGGAUCAGGAUGAGCCUGAGACGGACUCGAAUCAAAUACAGAAAAGCAGCCCGAGAGGAACAUGCACAUUUCCAAAUCAGGAAAGGAGUCCGCAUCUCGACAUCCAGGCUGAGGGAGAACCAUGAAGAUAUCUGUGUGACCUCUAAUUGUUACGGUUUGGUUCAAGGUCAACGCAAUCUCAACAGGUAGAGAUGUUUUUUUCCUCAAGUUUAACUUUUUUGUUUUUACAAAUGACAUUAUUUUGUUAAGUAGUUUCUGAAUUGGUGUGAAAAGAAGUGGAAUGGCCUCUGUGAUAUAUUUUUUAAUAGAAAAUACUUGUUUUGGUGUCAUUAAAAAAUAUGACUACAUUAUUAUCAUUAUCGCCACUUCACACUUCCAUUUUCGAUGGUUCAUUCUAUCAUGUUUUUUUCAACAAAUUAAUUAAUUAAUCAUGCAGUUUCAGUGCAAAAAAUAUACAUAUUUAAGCAAAUCAGAAUAAAACAAGCAUUUUAAAUCAUGCAAAAAUGGCAAAAUUAACAAUAAUACAAAAACUGGUCGUGAUGUGUCAGAAACGUUACUGUAAUUGUAGGUGAGAAACACAAACACUAGACUUGAUCACCAAAACAACAGACAUUUAUUGAAUGAAUUAUCUCAGUCAUAUCGCAGUCAUAAUAAUCCCAAGGGGGUUAUAGUUCAGACCAGAACACAUAUACAGUAAUACCUUAUUUACAGUAUGUGUAUUACGUCUACUAUGGCUUUAAAGGUGACUAUGGGGGUGCUAUUUCAUGUCUAGAGGUUGUUUACUAUGAAUAUACUGUAUUCCAUUUAUGAAUAUGGAAUUCUACUUCACGGAAAUUCAUUUAUUGCAGUAGCGUCUGAAAUCAAUUAAUCACGAUAAACGAGGGACUACUGUAUAUUAAUCUCUUGAAAUUCCCAAAAAAUCUAGUUUUAUUAUAAGGUGAAGACAAUAUUGUAUAUUGUAUGAUUGAAUGACAUACAUCAUUUAUAUCAUAUAAUAUAAUUAUUAUUAUAUAAGAGUGAGAUUUCAUGAUGUGUCAUUGCUGAUCAAAGGUUCCUCCACCAUCGAGAUGGCAAACAUGGCAGAAGGUGUAAAGUUUAAUUUCUCUCGUGCUGUAGGGAGUGCAUCACCGCCUCCGUCAAUCAAUUACACCAUUAAGAGCUGUCACGUUGACAGCAUCAGCACCUCUUAAUAAAAUUAUAUUAAUCUGAUAUUUAUGUACUGGGCUAGAGGUAAAUCCUGGACUAAAAAUACACACGUAAAAGUAAAAGUUCACAAAAGUAUCUAGUGUUAGUUUUUAUCAUGAAUAUUAAUUUGUAAUGCAUUUAAUUGAAUCAAUCGCGUUAAAACCCAUAUUAUUAUUCUAAGAUCUGUCGUGAUGCUGCAAUAAAAAGAUGAACGUUUGGAUUUAUCGUUGCACGCUAAAACAGAUACCACAUUAGACGCCUAAUGUGUCAUAACAACAAAUUGACACUUCAGUAUAUUAGCAGGAGAAAUAUGAAAUGGAAUGCUUUUCUACGCUUACAUGUCUUGUGGGUUUUUGGCUUUUUACUUCCAUUUAUGGGACAAUAUUGAAAAUACAGUAAACUUCGCAUAUAUCGGACUCGGAUAUAUCGGAAAUUCGCUCACAACGGACAGAUAAAAAAGAACCGAUUUUUCUGUAAUGCAUUUCCAAUAAAAAUUCAUUGCAUAUAUCGGAUUUUUUAUAACGGAUUUUGCCUAUUUCGGACAAAAUCUCCAGUCCCGUUCCAAUGCAUUUCCAUGAAAUUUCCCUGGCAUAUAUCGGAUGGCCGCAUCGUGGCGCUCCGAUUCGCCGAAUCGUGACAGGCCGCUAUACGACGUCAUUUGCAGCGUUUGCAGCGUUGCCUGCGCGUCCAGGUACAUUGGAAACAUAGUCAAGGAAGUGCCUUUUUAUAACGGAUAAAAUCCCAUUUACGCAUAUACCGGAUAUAAAUCCCAUAUAUGCGUAAAACGGACAUUUUCCGGUAUACGCAUAUAACGGAUUUCGCUUAUAUCGGACAAAACCAGUGGGAACAAUUGAAUCCGAUAUAUCCCAGGUUUACUGUAUUGUCCCUUGCCGAAGCAUCUGAGUGGUCAAUUGCAUCUUUUGGAAAUUUGAACAAAUUUGAACAAGUUCACUCCUCGAGUGUUGUAGCAAAAGCCUUCAAAACAACAAGCAAUCAUAAUAAAUAUGAAUAAAAUAUAUAUAUAUAUAAGAAACAGGCAGCACGGUGGUCGAGUGGUUAGCGCGCAGGCCUCACAGCUAGAAGAUCCGAGUUCAAUUCCACCUUCGGCCAUCUCUGUGUGGAGUUUGCAUGUUCUCCCCGUGCAUGCGUGGGUUUUUUUUCUGAGUACUCCGGUUUCUUCCCACAUUCCAAAAAACAUUUCUGGUGCUAUAUGAACAUAAUCAUAAGUCACAAAUUUGAUGAAGUUGAGUAUAUAACAUUUUAAGCAUUAAGAAAAUGAUGGUGAUCAUGCAACACAUUAGCCACGUUUACAUGGACCCAAAUAUUCCAAUUCCAUUCGGGUUAUUUGAUCAAACGGAAAGAAUGUAACCUUUGUAUACACCUCAUUCCCAAAGAAAAGUGCCAAUCCCAAUGAAUAUAUAAUGGGAUUCCCAGGGUUGGAAUAUUCCUUUAACCAAUCCGAUUGAGGUAUCUUGUACCCGCUCAAACGGAAAGUUGUCACACUGCGUUCUUCUUCUUCUUCUGUUGUUUAUUGGCGGUUGGCAAGCAGCUUUGGUGUGCAUUAGCGCCAUCUGUGGAACAGAAUCUAAACCCUUCUAUACGCCAUUCACAAGUCCACUUUUAUUCAAAAAAGAAAAUACAUAUCUAUAUAAAACAUGUGCCUGGCUUAAUUAUAAAAUAUUAGCAAGAUUGAACUUUAUCUUUUCUUGUUCCCGGGUGCGUUCUUUCAGCCAAUGCUGAGAUAUGACGUAACACGCAGAUCCAGACGUUCUUCAGUUUUAAAAAUGGAGGCCAGCAAUCGGCACUGGACUGAUACGGAAAGUUUGUUUUUGAUUCAAACUAAAUUCCAAGACUGAACGAAGGAAAAACUGGCAAUACAAAGUUAUUCCAAUAAGUGAAAAAAAAAAGUCCAGGAAGUCGGUAUCACGUGAUGUUGGUGUUUACGCUUUACUGGGCAUGCCCCAUUGACUAUUCUAGCAUGUUUUUGGAAUGUGGGAGGAAACCGGAGUACAUGGAGAAAGUCCACACACGCACGGGGAGAACAUGCAAACACCACACGGAGAUGCCCGAGGGGGGAAUCGAACACAGGUCUCAUCGCGCUAACCACUCGUUCACCGUGCAUUCUUUAUUAUAAACUAAAAAUGAUCAUAGCCGGAGCAUAGAAAAUAUUUUUAUGUUCUUCUGAAUACAUUUUUAACAUUAUUAUUAUGAUUAUAGCGCCGCAUGUAGACACGCCAUUGGAAUAUUCCUUUUCCAUGUAUACCAUUGCUUUCGGAAAAGUCAUUCGGAAAGAUUCCAUUCAGAAAGAGAAAAAACUCCUCAUGUAAACGUGGCUACUGUUUUUUUUUUCAUUUAUCCAAAGAUCCAUCCACUCAUCCAUCUUUGAUCCAUCUACUCCAGUUUAUCGUUCUCAGGGUCACAGAAGCUGGAGCCUAUACCAUCAGGCUACAACCCUGGACUGGUCGGCAGGCAAUCACAGCAACAACAUACGGCAGCACCACGAGCGACCAUUGGUCCAAAGAGGCGGUUUAAAAAAAAAAAAUUAUUGUACUCUUUGAUAUUUUAGUUGACUAUUUUGAACAAUAUUGUAUGAUCAGUUACUUACGAUUGCAGGUAAUGUCAUGACUGAAUGGUCUCCGAUGUGGUACAUGUGAUUGGUUUUCGGGGGAGAACUUGCAUAGUUUUUCAGUUUCCUCUACAUAUAUGCAUUACCAAACCCCCCCCCCAAAUGUCGACUUUUACACAAUUUCUACACGAUGUGAAACCUUUGGUUGACUCUUUAACUGUGACACAAUGGAAGACGUAAACCAGGGAUGGGCAAACUACGGCCCCAUCCGGGGGCCACAUCCGGCCCGCCAAGUGUUUGAAUGCGGCCCGUCCGUUCUUUCCAAAGUAUUUCAUUUAAACUCAACAUACAAGCUGGCAUCAUGGCUUGAGUCGACCUUUUGAUGGUUGAAGUAGCUGUUUUGUCAAUUUGGUUAUUUGAUGUGGUCUGUUUUUUACAAAGUGCACCUGAAUGAAGGGACACAAGCACAUAAUAACAAUAAUAAUAAGAAGAAGAAGAACAAUAACAAGAGGACCCA